AUGUCCAGGCACCUGGCUUCUUGGCCGUCCUGGUCCUUUAAGCGCCGCAGUCUCUGGGAAGAAAACGUACAGUCUGGGCUCUAUGCUAUCCCAGGAAGCCAAAAGAAGGCAAAGGGAAGCCCAAUCACAAAACGGGAUACAAAUCCAAAAGUCCGCCCACAAAACAACUAUUCACCGUACAGAAACAUCUCAGAUUCGCAUGGAACGCCAGGUCUUGGAUGGCAAAAGUACGACCCAAUAUCGCACCUUUUGAGAGAGGAGGACCUCAAGGUCGUCGAUUUCAAAGAAACAGAGGACAAAGUCCAUGUUAACUGGUCUGAUGGCCACGAAAGCCAACAUCCGCUGUCAUACCUCCACUGCUGGUUCAAAGGAGCAUACGCCGAAGAGUUUGGUAAGGAUCAUAUGAUCCGAUUGUGGGACUCAUCCAUUGAGACUCAGCCACCCUCAGUUCCUUACAACCAAUUCUUCGUCGACCACGGUUGGGGAGCCAUUGAUGCACCAGUCUAUCCCGAGUCCACGGAAGAUCUCCUAAAGCGCCUGGGUCCGAUCAGAAAUACACACUAUGGCGGCUUUUACGACUUUACGCCAGAUCUUUCUAUGGCUGAUACAGCUUAUACAAACCUCGCUCUGCCAGCUCAUACAGAUACUACAUAUUUUACCGAGCCUGCAGGCUUACAAGCAUUUCACUGUCUCUCACACGAGCCAGCUCCGGGUGAAGCGCUUGAGGAAGGGGAGUCCUUAGGCGGAGAGUCGCUCCUUGUUGACGGCUUCAAUGCUGCCAUAACUCUAAGAAAGGAGAACCCUUGGGCUUUCAAAACUCUGGCCCAAGUUGAGCUGCCGUGGCAUGCAAGCGGUAACGUAGGGAUAUCUAUCUCUCCAGACAAGGUGUAUCCUGUCAUUGAGCAGGAGGCAGGCGGGCAUCUGAAGCGAAUUCGUUGGAAUAACGAUGAUCGUGGUGCUGUGAAUCCCUACGAGGCUAAGGACUGGUACGCCGCGGCUCGGGUGUGGAAUGAGAUAUUGCGCCGCAAAGAGAAUGAAUAUUGGUUCAAGUUAGAACCUGGAAAGAUCGCCAUCUUCAACAAUUGGCGAAUUUUGCACGGCAGAAGUGCGUUCAAGGGUAUUCGGCGAAUCUGCGGCGCCUACAGUAGGUCUUCUAUUAAUGCUCUGAACUUUGCAUAUUGGCUGACCCUCCACUCAACAGUCCCCUAUGAUGACUUCGUGUCUUGCUAUCGGGUGACAAACACCCCAAGAGGUCGGGUCGCUGGACGUAGCUACAACAACAGAGCGAGGAUGGGUUACAAUGGGGGCAAGGGCAUCAAAGACGUUACUGGAGCUCCCCAACAAGAAGCGCCUGCCAUAGAGAAAGUUGAAGCCUGUCAGACUCAUGAACCAGAGCUCUAG